GAAUUUCGAACAACACCUCGAGAUCCCAAACCUUCGCACCAAGCUACAUAUCUCCACAUGGACAGACCUCAGCGGAGCCCAGUUGUGACCAUUGUGGGGUUUCACCAUGCAAGGUACUUCUUUUUUCGGGCCCCUUCCCCACCUCCCCAUUCCUCAUACCCUUCGGGUCUCGGCUGGCGGUUUCUGGUUGAAAAAAACCACAACACACUGACUUGGGAACCUUUGUUGCGAACCUUUUAGGGGACCCGAAGUGGAAACUUGGAUAGGCCUGGAGAGCGAAGAAGAUAUAUCGGAUUGGCCGCUAUUGCCGUUUCUUGCGCUAGCGGAUGGCGCUCAUGCUUCGGAGGAGGAUUUCUCGUAUUUCACCCUGAAACAUACAACACCCACGGGACCUACCACUCUGUUCGGGAUAUCGUGCACGAGGCAGCUGGACGCCAGCGAGUUGACGGAUAGACCCUCCGAUGUGACGCGAUCUACGGUUCAGAAAGCUGUGGUGGUAAUCGCGGAUAGUCCCACCUUCUUCUUUUCUCACUUGAAGCAACAACUAUCAGCUGUCACCACAGCUUGGUUUGCGCAGAGGUAUGAGCUCGCGGGACUUUCUUUCUUUCUUCUCUUUCUCUCCUGUUCACGAGCGGCGGCUUACCGGUGCCCGCAAUUAUAGAAACUUUGAGGACCUCGACAUCAUACGGGUGAGAAACCUCCAAGGUUAUCGGAACAAACUCUAGAACACAGCGGGCUGACAUAUGGACAUACAGAAAUUCCAAGAGAGCUUAAGGGCGAGCAUAAGGGACUAUGAGACUGAUCGCUCAAGGGAUCAAUUCGUUGGUGAGCAUCGUGAAUUCAAAUACGUCUGUUUUUGGGGAUUCGGAAGUCAGAGCUAAUAGAUUAGGCUUAUCGUUGCGGGAGUUUGUAUACGAGUUCAAACAUCAAUCACUCGUGUUGUUUAAAUGCGCUCUGCUGCAACCAAAGGUUUUACUCUCAGACCACUCUGUUUCUUUGAUCUGACACGCGGGAAAACCCCAGAUGCUCUUUUUUGGCAGCAGUUGUGAGAGGCUAUGCAUGACGCAGUUUUCAUUGCUAUCUCUCAUUCCAGGACUUCUGCGAAACCUAGAAGACUGCGGUGAUCCGGAUAUGAAUAGUUAUGAAUCCAAAUUGAAAAAACCCACUUCCGUUAAAACAAGUGACCGAAAGUCACGUCUGUACUCCCUUCUUAGAUGGUUAUAGCUUGAUAUGGUCUGACAGAAGUUACAGUAUUGACCUUUAUGGGAUUACCGCUCCAAAUAUUCGGGAAAGGGAGCUUGUUUGGGCCCUACACUCCUUUGCAGCAACUCGAUGUUCUGGCAGAUUUUGGCACAAAGUCAUAUAUCGUCGGAUCAACCAACUCUCUACUACUACAGCAGAGGGAUAGGUAUUCUGAUAUCCUGGUUAACGUAAUUCCCCUCGCUCCAAUGCUGAGACCUUUUCCAACUAAUGGUCCUGUAGCUUGAUGAUAAAAACAUUAAUAUCACGUCGUCGUCACUGCGUGCUGCACUUUCACUGUCUGCAGCUGAUAGAAGAUGGAUCGAUGUGUUGGUUCAAUCUGUUUCCGAGUCUUGGGAUGAAUGUUUGUUUGACGGUUGUCGAUUCUACCUAGUAGAAAUACGUGCUAAUGUUUUCAAGCGGAUCCCACACGACCGAAAACCAUGGGAUUCACAGGUAGCGAAGACUAUAUACGGCUCCAAUUCGAGGAGUACAUACUCUCCAUGGUAUCAUCCGUCAAGUAUCACCUAUUUCUAGAAAAACAUGCAGGCUCAGAGUCGAACCUAUUCUUGCCGGAUAUCGGUGAGUUCUGCGGAAUGCCUCACAUUUGGAAAUCGGUGUUCUAACAAGCAUUAGACGGUGACCCUGCCAAUGAUUUCCAGAUGGAUUGGGUGGAUGCCUGGAAGAAGACAGAGAACUUCAGAAUCUUCCAGAAGUUUACAGGUAUAUUAUCUUCUGAACUGUGACGGAGAGAUUGGGGCUUAGCUUUGUCCGCAUAGACUCCGAAUUGUUCGACCUUGUGCCUCCAAAGCAUGUAAUGGCUGGUGGGUUAACUAUGGAAGAUGUACAGAGAAGAAUCCUACAGUAAGCACAGCACCCACAUGUAUUAGUAUUCCUCUAACUUGGCGACAUGAUGUAGGCAAAUGCAGGAGUUGCGUCUGGAGGAGAAAGUGCAGAAUAGUAAAGAGGUGUUGGCAAAAACCCUUGCUAAUGGCCGUGUGAAUGUAUCCACUGUUUUCAACAAUCUAUCCAAGAACGUUGAAAAGUUUAGGGAACAGCGGAAAUCGCAGUCCCAAGACUCCAUGCAAAAGAUCACUAUUGAGACAGGAGAAAGGCCGUCCACUGACAGCAACCCAAGCACUACAGCUCCUUCUAGUAGGUUCAUUUGAGGCCACUAUUUAUAUCUACAAUAGGUACUAACCGGUUGAUUAGCUGUUGUAUCUCCGGUACUUGCCGACGCAUCCUCUCGUGCCGGCGCCUACUUUUCCUCCUGGGCGGCCUGGGCCGGUGAAAAGAGAAAGAAGUUUGCCCAAACGCCUAUAAGUCCCCCGCCCGAGCCUGUAAUGGGUGACGGGAGUGACCGAUCCUUACCCAAACCACCGGCAGUCGAUCCUCCGAAGAACUCCUUUGAAGAGGCGAUAUUUGAUUCGAGGUCGAGAGCCGUAUAUACCGCUUCUUCUGGACGUUCAUCGCCGCACACGACUAGCGUUUCCGGUAGCGCUGCUCCUACCAACGUGGUGAUCAAAGACCUGGAUAAGGGGAGGGGCAUUGGUCUGGGAAUUGUUGACGCUGGCCUGCAAAGUCCACCAGCCCCAUCCAAACCUCUUGCGGAAACGAGGAAAGAGCCAGAACCAGUUUUUGAGGAAAAAAUGGAGGUCCCCCCCUCAGGACCUGCCCCGACUGCGGCCCCGGCCCCCGUUCCCGCCCCUGUGGUCGAAGAGAGGAAGAAAGUGCCCUUUGUUGAGGAGAGGAGGAGUGACCCUGUUGUUGUUGAGGAGGGCAAGCGCCCUAUUAGACGGGAGGAAAAGAGGACUGUUCCCGUUGAAGAAAAGAAAGCACCUGUGGUUGAAGAGCAGAAACCUCCACCAAUUACUCGCAGGAGGACCGAGCGGACUAUCCCCGAUGAAACCAAGGAUGAAAUCGAAGACAAGGAAGCUCAAUGGAGGGAGAGGAUUGCAAGAAGGAUGGAAAGGGCCAGAAGCAUAGAACAGGGGGAGGAAAGGAGGGAGGAAAGGAAAGCACGGAGGGCCGAAGAAGUAGCUCCCCAGCCACAAGAACGGGCACCUACACCGACUACGCUUAGCAGAGUUCCUACUCCUACCACGCCUGGUAGAGUUCCUUCUCCUACCGCACAUGGAAGGGCUCGUACCCCCACCACACCUAGCAGAGCUCCUACUCGGCCUAUUGGCUCCAGGCCAAUGCCCCCCUCAUCCAGAGUAACACCCGACCCGACAAAUGUAAACACGGAGCCUUCGAGAUUAGAGCCAAAGAGGACGAACUCGCCGGUGUUUGACCCCGCAAGAGUAGCAAGACAACAUACAAGAGCAGAAUCAACCGCCAGUAUCCUGAACAGAGAGAAGCCGAGAGUAGACCCGAACCGACCAUCGGCUUCAGGGAUACCGGCCGAAACUCGACCCAAGAGAUUCAGCCUCCCCCGAGACGAAGCAAGGAAUGAGGCAAGAAAGAGUCUUCACAAUAGCAACACGCCCACGGUCGACAACCCGUCUCGAUCAGCGUUUGCUGCCCGAAGGGCCAUGUUUGAGAAGAAAUGA